CCGCCGCCUUUCAAAACACCCAAGCAGGCCUGUCUCGUCUUGUGCAAGUUUGCCUUUCCACUGCACAAUUUCGCAACCCCAGGGAGGCCCUCAAGACACAAGGUAUGGCCCCCUUCCCCCGUCCGCAGCUCCGCAUCCUCCCCUCGCAUCCGACGACAUCAGGACAACGAGCGUGCGCCCUCCUCUUCCUUCUCUUCCCUCUAUUUUUUUCCUUUCCUACGCGAGCCCGCGUCCCACGUUCGCCGUGCCCAGGCUAACGCCACGAUCAGUGCACCCCGCUUGUUUACAUCACCGGAAGAAUCUUGGCUACGACAUCGAGUCGAAUCGCAAAGAUGGCUGAGCAGCAGACUCCCACCUUCAAGCUCGUGCUUGUCGGCGACGGUGGUACCGGCAAGACCACCUUCGUCAAGCGUCACUUGACGGGCGAGUUUGAGAAGAAGUACAUGGCCACCCUCGGUGUCGAGGUCCACCCUCUUGGCUUCACCACCAACUUCGGUCAGAUCCAGUUCGACGUCUGGGACACUGCCGGCCAGGAGAAGUUUGGCGGCCUCCGCGAUGGCUACUACAUCAACGGCCAGUGCGGCAUCAUCAUGUUCGACGUCACCUCCCGCAUCACGUACAAGAACGUCCCCAACUGGCACCGUGACCUCGUCCGCGUUUGCGAGAACAUCCCCAUCGUCCUUUGCGGCAACAAGGUCGAUGUCAAGGAGCGAAAAGUCAAGGCCAAGACCAUCACCUUCCACCGCAAGAAGAACCUCCAGUACUACGACAUAUCGGCCAAGUCCAACUACAACUUCGAGAAGCCCUUCCUGUGGCUCGCCCGCAAGCUCGUUGGCAACCCCCAGCUGGAGUUCGUCGCUGCCCCCGCCCUGGCUCCUCCCACCGCCCAGGUCGACGAGGCUCUCCUCAAGGAGUACGAGAAGGAGAUGGACGCCGCCGCUGCCCAGCCGCUGCCCGAUGAGCAGUCUGACGACGACCUGUAAGGGAUUUGCAACGCGCAGGAGCAGGGGCUUGAGAGAGCAUUGGCCGCUGUGACGGGACCAGUCCGCUUUUGCGGCACAUGGGCGGCAUGAUCAUUGACGAUACAGGAUGAGACUCGUUGGGGUUUAUGAGAGCGUGAACGGAGGGCGGCGGACACUCUACCCGUCGAGCCCUGGCUUGGGGUAGACAUAACGACGUCGCUGCGCCCAAAGAAAAGAGUGAGCAGCAAUCAAAUAGCUAGACUAACCAUUAAACUACCUUCGCCAACGUUGCUCGAGUGCCUCUUGCUGGUGGUAGCGGUGAUGGUGUGUGCGGUGGCGUGACGUUUCUUGUGGCGGCCCUACCCUAGAUCCGGAGCCGUACAGGCUAGUCAUUGUGAUGGCUUCCGAUUCCUUGCUGUCCUGGCUAUCCUCUCGUCCUCACUAUCCUCUCGUCCUCACUAUCCUCUCGGCCUCACUAUCC